CGUAUUGCUAUUCCUUUGUACGAAAAAAGGAAACAGAAGUCAACAUCCCGCCGAUCAAAAAGAACAAGUCAAAUGUUACCUCGUCCUCUCUCUGGUUGGAGGAUCAACCCACCCCGCUGCCACCGCCGCCAUUUUAAUAUUCUUCAAAAGCCAUCGGAAGUUCGGAAACCUUACCUGGCCGUCGUCUGUCUCUCUUAUUCUCCCUUCCACUUUCGAUCUUUUUGCCAAAUAGAAAUUAUUUAUUUCGUUUUCCCUUGGUUUGAAAAUUGGGGUAUAGAUAGAUAGAUAGUGAAUGCCCAGUUGCCCACAACCUCCAUCCAAUCCUACUCACCAAUAAAAAAAAAAAAAAAAACGAAAGUUUGAUCCCACUCUGUUGACUUCAAUGAAAACGAUGGCUAUUCCAUCCAUCAGCAGCAGCAGCACCAUCACCAUCGCUAACCUCCGCCAUUUCCUUUUUUCCUCUUCUUCGUCUUCCUCAGUACUCUCUGAUGCUUCCCCAGUUCCCGCUGAAGCCGGUGUUAGUUCAUUAAUAUUCUUCCUGACCUGGUCCUCCUUCAAUUUUCGUACCUACCCUCUCAACAUUUUACCACCUCUUGUACUAUUUCCACCCUUGGUUUUGGUACAACCACGCCUCCUUCCUCUUUUUCUUUCUGUGCUGUCUGCCCUUUUGGACUCUUUCUUUCCUUCCGUUGAUUUAUUUUGCUUCAAUUAAUUCCUCCUUGAUUACCUUUUGUGUCCCAACAGCAGCAAUUAAUUCAUCGGGAAGCAUUGGUAUUCUCGUAAGGUUCAGUAGCUGUUUACUGGCUGCAAGCGGGUUCGUUAUUCAUCUCCCAGCUCUGCUCUGCUUUCAACCCACCCACGCUACUUCUCAGUGAAUAUGCCUUGUGGAACCACAUCUCUUCUCUUCGGAGCUCUGUUGUUUUUCUGCUUCUCUUCUUCCUUCCCACCUUUUAUUGCAGCACAGCAGCAGUCCAUUACUAACCCUUUAGAAGUCGACGCGUUGCGGGAUGUCCGCAGAAGUUUGAUCGACAUCAAUAGGAAUUUGAGCAAUUGGAAUAGAGGGGAUCCAUGCACAUCCAAUUGGACAGGGGUUCUGUGUUUCAAUUCAACAAUGGAUGAUGGCUAUCUCCAUGUCAGAGAAUUGCAACUGCUGGACAUGAAUCUCACAGGCACUUUAUCACCCUCACUUGGGAAAUUUUCAUAUCUGAAGAUCUUGGACUUUAUGUGGAACAACAUAACUGGAAGUAUCCCGAAGGAGAUAGGAAACAUUACAUCUUUGGAGCUACUGCUCCUUAAUGGAAACCAACUGACAGGUUCCCUUCCAGAAGAGCUUGGCUAUCUUCCAAACUUGGACAGAAUACAGAUUGACCAGAAUCAUAUAUCAGGACCACUACCCAAAUCGUUUGCAUUGCUGAACAAAACAAAGCACUUUCACAUGAACAACAAUUCAAUUAGCGGGCAAAUCCCUCCGGAGCUGUCCAGAUUACCAAGUCUUGUUCACUUCCUUUUAGACAACAACAACUUAUCUGGAUACCUCCCACCUGAGUUUUCUGAACUGCCGAACUUGCUUAUACUUCAACUUGACAAUAACAAUUUCGAUGGAACCUCAAUUCCUCCAUCUUACAGCAACAUGACUAAAUUGUUGAAGUUGAGUCUGAGAAAUUGUAGUUUGCAAGGACCAAUACCUGAUCUGAGCAGUAUACCGGACCUUGGAUAUCUGGACCUCAGUUCAAACCAGCUGAAUGGAACUAUACCUUCGAACAAGCUUUCUGAUAAUAUCACAACCAUAGAUCUGUCCAGCAACAAUCUUACGGGAACUGUUCCGUCAAGCUUUUCAGGUCUUCCUCUUCUUCAGAUAUUGUCACUUUCAAACAACUCCCUGAAUGGCUCUAUUCCAUCUAAUAUAUGGCAGAGUAGGAGUAACAGUGGAAGCAGAGGACUUAUUUUGGAUUUUGAAAACAAUGCCUUCUCAGAUAUCACUGGCAGUACUGCUCUACCUCCAAAUGUGACACUCUGGCUUCAAGGGAACCCUGUUUGCUCAAAUUCUACCUUUGUCCAGUUUUGUGAAUCUCCUGUUGAUGAUUUAAAGAAUGGGAGUUCAACAAGCUCUAACUUGGUCUGCCCCAUUCAAGCAUGCCCACCACCAUUUGAAUAUUCCCCAACUUCUUCUGUAUCCUGCUUCUGUGCAGCCCCUCUAAUCAUUGGAUAUCGACUGAAAAGCCCUGGAUUUUUUGAUUUUCGGCCUUAUAAAGAUGACUUCGAGUGGUAUUUGACUGAGGGACUAAAAUUGCAACUUCCCCAGCUAGACAUUGCUGAGUUUUCUUGGGAAAAAGGACCUCGAAUCAAAAUGCACUUGAAGAUUUUUCCUGUCUAUGAUGUCAACUCCAACAGCUCUCAUCUCUUCAAUAGUAGCGAGGCUCGUCGUAUCAUAAGCAUGUUCACUGGAUGGAACAUUCCUGAUAGUGAAAUAUUUGGACCUUAUGAGCUUCUCUACCUGACUCUGCUGGAUCCUUACAGAAAUGUGAUUGGUGGAGGCUCUCAAAGUUCUGGGAUAGGUAAGGGUGCUGUGGCUGGGAUAGUCUUGGGGGCGGUUGCAGGUGCAGUGACGUUAUCUGCUAUUAUCACACUUCUGAUUGUCAGAUCACAUUUGCGGAAGUAUCGCAUAGUUUCAAAGAGGCGCCAUCCAUCUAAAGCCUCCAUCCGAAUUGAGGGCGUCAAGGAUUUCACUUAUGCCGAAAUGGCUUUGGCAACAAAUAAUUUUAGUAGUUCAGCUCUAGUUGGUCAAGGAGGGUAUGGAAAAGUUUACAAAGGUAUUUUGGCUGAUGGCACUCUCGUGGCGAUCAAGCGUGCUCAAGAAGGUUCAUUACAAGGGGAAAAGGAGUUCUUGACUGAAAUACAAUUACUCUCAAGGCUUCAUCAUAGGAACCUUGUGUCCCUGACUGGAUACUGUGAUGAAGAAGGUGAACAGAUGUUGGUUUACGAGUUUAUGCCGAAUGGCACUUUAAGGGAUCAUCUCUCAGGCAAGACUAAGGAACCCUUGAGUUUUGCAACAAGAGUAAGGGUUGCUUUAGGUUCAGCCAAGGGAAUACUGUAUCUCCACACAGAAGCGGAUCCCCCGAUUUUCCACCGAGAUAUCAAGGCAAGCAACAUACUACUGGACAACAGAUUUAAUGCGAAGGUUGCAGAUUUUGGACUCUCCAGGCUUGCACCAGUUCCAGAUAUUGAAGGCGCAGUGCCUGCUCAUGUAUCCACAGUUGUGAAGGGUACUCCUGGUUACCUGGAUCCGGAGUACUUCCUAACCCAUAAGUUGACGGACAAAAGUGACGUCUACAGCCUUGGUGUCGUCUUUCUAGAACUGCUGACCGGUAUGCAACCGAUCUCACAUGGGAAAAACAUUGUUCGUGAGGUUAACAUCGCAUACCAGUCGGGUAUGAUAUUCUCAGUAAUUGAUGGGAAAAUGGGAUCAUACCCUUCGGACAGUGUGGAGAAGUUUUUGACAUUGGCACUAAAGUGCUGCCAAGACGAGACAGAUUCGAGGCCGUCAAUGGCUGACGUGGUAAGAGAACUGGAGAGCAUGUGGUCUUUGCUGCCUGAAUCUGAGACCAAAACUUCAGAGUUGAUGUCUACUACAGAUACAGAUAGUACAGAUCCAAAAAGGGGAGCUGCUAGCACAACUUCCUCUGCUUCCUCGUCGCUGAAAAAUCCGUAUGUGUCAUCAGAUGUGUCGGGCAGCAAUCUCGUGAGUGGAGUUGUACCCACCAUUGCUCCCAGGUGAUGCAUGCUGGUAGGCUGAUGUAAAAAAGAGACUGCGAUAUGUAAGUAGUGUUUGUUCUAUUGCUAGCUGGGGGAAGAAUGGGUUGGAAGAACUUCUGUACAGUGUGUCGUCUGUUGUUAGUUUAUAGAGAAUAGAGAACCAAAAUUACAGUCAAACUAGAGCUCUUCUUUCUCCAGAAGUUAUGUUGUUUUUCCUUAGAUUAUCUGUCUGGUAAUGUCUAGGUCAUACUCAUUAAAACACAGGUUGUGUAACGCUUGCCCUCUGAUGGUUGAACUCUUUUGAUACCUACUACACUAAAAAGGUCAAGUAUGAUCAUCAAUCAUAUUAAUUUGUUUGAGGUUUCAAAAA